GUACCACAGCACAAGGUUUUAUAUAUAUGAUAUAAAAUGUCUAUAAAAAACAUAGAUAAAUUGUUAGAACCACAUAUUGGUGAAGGUAAACAGAUAAUUAGAACUGAAAUAACCAACUUAGUCGAACCUGGAGAAAAUUAUGGUGGAGAAUUAUUUAAGAUAGAUGUUACCAUACAAGAAUCCAAUACCAAGAAGGAGGAAGUCUUGCAUCUUGUAGGCAAGAUCAUUCCACAAAACGAACGAGCUCAAGUUGCAUUUAACGUUCACUUUACAUUUAAAUCCGAAAUAGCAUUUUAUGAGAAAAUCGUACCGGAACUUCAAAAAUUCCAGGAAAAAAAUAAAAGCAAAGAAAUACUUAAUUGUUUUCCCAAAUAUUAUGGAAGCAGGUUAAACUUAAAUGGAAGUGACAAAGUUGACAGAGACGGUGUGAUAUUGCUGGAGAAUUUAAAGAUAAAAGGAUACAAUAAUCUUGAUCGAUACAUUGGGUAUAACUUGGAAGAUACCAAAUUAUUACUUAAAGAUCUGGCUAUAUUCCAGUCAACUGUCGUUGCUUUAAAAAUUAAAGAGCCCGAUGUAUUUAACAGAGAGGUUAAACCAUUUUGUAAUAACUACAUGACAAAAACUGCGGAUAAUCCAUUUAAAAAAAUGAUCUUGGUUAUUGAAGAAAUUCUUGCAGAAUCAGAAGAAUUUAAACAAUUUAUUCCAAAGGUAAAAUUAGCAUGGAACAAAGCAGAAACCAAAACUGAAGUAAGAGAACCAUUUGCAACGAUUGUCCACCGUGACCUCUGGCUCAACAAUACAAUGACAAAAUACGAAAGUGGGAAACCACCAAAGAACAUGUUUUUUGAUUUUCAACUGUACGAUUACGGUUCGCCCGCUGUGGAUGUUUUAAAUUUCAUAUUUACCAGUGUACAGACAGCGGUUUCUAAAAAGUAUUUUGAUGAUUUAUUACACCAUUAUCAUUCACAAUUUGUGUCCAACUUAGAACGUUUAAGAUGCAAUACUGAAUCGUUUAGUUAUAUAAAAUUUCUGAAAGAAUGUAAGAUGGAGUCGGAAAUAGUUUUAGGCUGGACCAUGGAUUUUGUUAGCUUGGUGGUGUUUAGUAAAAAAGGCCAAGCACUUCAAGGCGACAUCAAUUUUGAAGAUCCUGCAUUUAGACAAAUAGUAAAGGACAGGAUGAUGCCAGAGGCCAAAGAAAGACUGUUUUUUAUAAUAAGUCAGUGUCAUAAAUGUAAUUGGUUAUGAAAAUAACCGAUAGAUGUACAAAUUGUUGAUUC